AUGGCGGAUACUCAGGUGGAUUCACUCGUUGCCAUCGCCGGGUCAGUCUCCACUUCAUCAACCAAGAAACGGGUCCGAAUCUUCCGUGAUGAAAUCCCUCCGAUUCUCGAUAGUUCAGAGAUGUCUCCCGAGCUUAUAUCCUUGUUGGUGGACGUAAUCUUUAAAACUCUGGUUUCUUAUGAUGACCAUGGGUCAAGGAAAGCUGUGGAUUAUGUGAUUACAAAGGGCUUCAGCAACAUAAUGUUCAUGAAAAGUUUCGCAGCAGCCAUAGUUCAGGCCAUGGAAAAGCAGUCAAAGGUCCAAUCUCAUGUCGGUUGCUACCGGCUUCUGAAAUGGUCGUGCCUUCUUCUAACAAAGAGUCAAUUUGCUUCAGUUUCAAAGACUGCAGUAUGUAGACUAGCUGCAGUUCAGGCAUCUCUGCUUCAUAUUAUUAUGCAAAAAUCUUUCCGGGAGCGAAGGGCUUGCAAGCAAAUGUUCUUUCACCUUUUCUCACAGUCGCCAGAUGUCUACAAAACCUAUCUGGAUGAAUUGAAGUGUGCAAGGAUUCCUUACAAAGAUAGUCCUGAAUUGCUAAAUCUACUGCUGGAGUUUUCUAGAUCUUCACCUUCUUUCGGAAAAGUGAAGGCAAUGUUCAUUGAUAUUUAUGUUAAAGCAGUUUUAAGUUCAAAAGAAAAGCCAUCGAGGGGGCUUAGCGAAUCCUUUCUCCCUCUUUUCUUGCAAAUGUCACAUGAGGAUUUUCUAAAUGAUGUGUUCCCUCCUUUGGUGAAAAUGUUGAAGCGGAAUCCUGAGAUUUUGCUGGAAGCCGUGGUUAUUCUCUUGAAAGCGGUCUCCAUUGAUAUGAGCAAGUUCGCUGUUGAACUUCUUUCAGUGAUAUUGUCACAGGCACGGCAUUCUGAAGAAAGUAGAAGGCUAGGGGCAUCAGCCAUAGUGCGAUGUUUGAGCCAAAAGUCUAGUAAUCCUGAUGCUUUAGAAGCUAUGUUUAAUGCUGUUAAAGCUGUAAUUGGAGGCUCCGAGGGGAGGCUUCAGUUUCCUUACCAGAGGAUUGGCAUGUUUAAUUCUCUGCGAGACUUGUCAUAUGGACCAGAUGGGAAAUAUUUGAACAACAUAUCUUGUACAGUCUGUAGAUUUCUUUUGUCAUGCUACAAGGAUGAAGGGAAUGAAGAUGUGAAACUCACAAUUUUGACAGCCAUUGGGUCCUGGGCAGCUCGAUCAGUGGAUGCUGUUCAACCCGAUUUAGUGUCUUUCAUUGCUUCUGGUCUGAAAGAGAAGGAGGCUUUAAGGCGGGGACAUCUUCGUUGUCUAAGAGUCAUAUGCCAAAACCCUGAUGCAAUAUUACAGAUCUCAUCUCUGCUUGGCCCCCUCAUUCAACUUGUCAAAACUGGAUUCACUAAAGCAGUGCAACGUUUGGAUGGUGCAUAUGCACUGCUUAUUGUAGGAAAAAUUGCAGCUUCUGAUAUCAAAGCAGAGGAGAAUUUGGUGAAGGAAAAGAUCUGGUCCUUGAUAUCCCAGAAUGAACCUUCAGUUGUUCAAAUUUCUAUGGUUUCAAAAUUGUCAAUCGAAGAUUGCAUGGCUUGCGUUGAUCUUCUUGAAGUGUUGUUAGUGGAACAUUCACGCAGAGUGCUCGAAGCUUUUCCAAUAAAAUUGAUUUUACAGCUGUUGAUCUUCUUGCUAUGUCAUCCAAGCUUGGACAUUCGGAAAAUGUCACAUAUGGCUACUAGAAAAAUAGUUAUGGCUUCUCCGCAAUUGUCAGAACCUGUUCUGGUCGAAUUCAAACACUUCCUCUCUGCGGUUGGAGAGAAACUCUCUGUUUCAAUGAUGGGUGAUGCAGAUACUACAUUGGAUGCUCAAUUUCCAUUUGUUCCAUCAGUUGAGAUUUUGGUGAAGGCUUUUUUUCUUAUAUCUUCUGUGGCACUUGCAUCUUCUCCAAGUGUGUGUGAGCAUAUUUUGUUCUGCUCACAUCAUCCGUGCAUUCUGGGAGUUGCUAAAAGAGAUGCUGUUUGGAAGAGGCUUCAUAGGUGCCUGCGGACACAAGGGUUUGAUGUGAUUGCCACUGUUUCUGCUGGUGCGGAAAAGUUAUGCAAGGGCCUCCUUGGACUAGGGGGGUUGACGAGUCCAAAUGUACUUGAACAGGAAGCAGCUAUAAAUUCGGUGUCAACAUUGAUGUCCAUAAUACCGAGAGACACUUAUUUGGAGUUCGAGAAGCAUUUGGAAAGUCUGCCAGAUCGAUAUUCACAUGACUUGCUGUCACCAAGUGAUAUUCAGAUUUUUCAGACUCCUGAUGGGAUGCUUUCUGGUGAGCUUGGUGUUUAUGUUGCUGAAUCCCAGAACUCAAAGCAGAACCAUGUUAUUUCGAAUCACUCUGUGAAGAGGGAACCAGCGGCUGCAGGGAAAAAGGAUUCAGGAAAAGCAAUAAAGAAGGCUGAUAAAGGGAAAACAGCAAAGGAAGAGGCACGCGAGUUAUUGCUAAAGGAGGAGGCUUCUAUACGUGAGAGGGUACAAGCCAUACAAAGGAAUCUGUCUUUGAUGCUGAGAGCUCUUGGUGAAAUGGCUAUAUCUAAUCCUGUGUUUGCACACAGUCAGUUACCUUCACUGGUGAAGUUUGUCGACCCUUUGCUGCGAUCACCUGUUGUUGGUGAUGUGGCCUAUGAGACAUUGGUAAAGCUUGCAAGAUGUUCUGCUCACCCUCUUUGUAAUUGGGCCCUUGAUAUUGCCACUGCUUUGCGCCGAAUAGCGACCGAGGAAGUUAGUAUCGAAUUGGAUCUGAUACCCUUUACUGGCGAAGGGGAGUCCCAUUCAGUACCAACACCUGGGAUCUUUGAGAGAAUUGUUAACGGCUUAUCUACAUCUUGCAAAUCUGGACCUCUUCCUGUAGACUCAUUCACUUUUGUUUUUCCAAUAAUGGAGCGGAUUCUAUUAUCCUCUAAGAGGACUGGACUCCAUGAUGACGUGUUGCGAGUUAUAUACAUGCACAUGGAUCCUCUAUUACCCCUUCCCAGGCUCAGGAUGCUGUCGACUCUUUAUCAUGUUCUCGGGGUUGUUCCUGCCUAUCAAGGAUCUAUUGGACCAGCAUUGAACGAGUUGUGCCUUGGUUUGCGGCCAGAAGAAAUUGCCCCUGCUUUAUAUGGCGUCUAUGCUAAGGAGGUUCAUGUGAGAAUGGCCUGCUUAAAUGCCAUAAAAUGCAUUCCUGCUGUUUCCAGCCGCUCUAUUCCUCAACAUGUGGAAGUAGCUACUGGCAUUUGGAUUGCUUUGCAUGAUCCUGAAAAGUCGAUUGCUGAAGCUGCAGAGGAUAUCUGGGAUCGCUAUGGGCAUGAGAUUGGGACAGACUAUUCUGGACUUUUCAAAGCACUUUCACAUGUUAAUUAUAAUGUUCGGUUAGCUGCUGCAGAGGCAUUAGCUGCUGCAUUAGAUGAAAAUUCUGAUUCAAUACAGGAGACUCUUUCUACUUUAUUUUCAUCAUAUCUGCGGGAUGUUGGUGGCGGAGACAGUAAUGUUGAUGCUGGUUGGCUUGGUAGACAAGGAGUAGCAUUGGCUUUGCAUUCAGCUGCAGACGUUCUGAGAACGAAGGAUCUUCCUGUUGUUAUGACCUUCCUCAUAUCUCGAGCUUUGGCAGAUACCAACACAGAUGUUCGUGGUAGAAUGAUCAAUGCUGGUGUUCUGAUUAUCGACAGGCAUGGAAGAGAUAACGUUUCCUUGUUAUUUCCAAUCUUUGAGAACUAUUUAAACAAAAAGACCAUGGAUGAAGAGAAGUAUGAUUUAGUUCGUGAAGGUGUAGUCAUAUUCACAGGGGCUCUGGCAAAACAUCUAGCUCAGGACGACCCUAAAGUUCAUGCCGUUGUUGAGAAACUGCUGGAUGUUCUAAAUACACCCUCAGAAGCGGUUCAGAGGGCAGUAUCAGACUGUUUAUCCCCACUAAUGCAGUCAAUGAAAGGUGAUGCUCCUGCUCUUCUUUCACGACUGUUGGACCAACUGAUGAAGAGCGACAAAUAUGGUGAUCGCCGUGGCGCAGCUUUUGGACUGGCUGGAGUGGUUAGGGGAUUUGGGUUAUCUUGCUUGAAAAAGUAUGGAAUCAUUGCGACAUUAAGGGAAGGUCUUGUUGACAGGAAUUCUGCAAAAUCACGAGAAGGAGCCCUCUUAGCUUUUGAGUGCUUGUGUGAAAAGCUAGGGAAAUUGUUUGAACCUUAUGUCAUCCAAAUGCUACCGGUGCUAUUGGUUUCCUUCUCAGAUCCAGUUGUUGCUGUUCGCGAGGCAGCUGAAUGUGCUGCUCGGGCAAUGAUGUCUCAACUAAGCGUGAUGGGUGUCAAACUUGUGCUUCCAUCACUUUUAAAGGGUCUUGAGGACAAAGCUUGGCGUACGAAGCAAAGCAGUGUCCAGCUACUUGGUGCAAUGGCAUACUGUGCUCCGCAGCAGCUUUCUCAGUGCCUUCCAGCAAUAGUGCCUAAACUGACGGAGGUAUUGACAGAUACACACCCUAAAGUUCAGUCGGCUGGACAAACAGCAUUGCAGCAGGUUGGAAGUGUUAUUAAGAAUCCGGAGAUAUCGUCCCUUGUUCCUACACUUCUCAUGGCCCUUUCAGACCCAAAUGAAAAUACCAAAUAUUCUCUGGAUAUUCUCCUUCAAACAACAUUUAUUAAUUCCAUUGAUGCUCCUUCACUUGCACUGCUGGUCCCUAUAGUCCAUAGAGGAUUGAGGGAGAGGAGUGCAGAAACCAAAAAGAAAGCUGCACAAAUAGUUGGAAACAUGUGUUCGUUGGUCACAGAAUCAAGGGAUAUGAUUCCUUACAUUGGUUUGCUUCUUCCUGAAGUGAAAAAGGUUCUUGUAGAUCCAAUUCCCGAAGUUCGGUCAGUUGCAGCACGGGCGCUUGGAUCUCUUAUCAGAGGGAUGGGUGAAGAGAAAUUCCCAGAUCUUGUUCCUUGGUUGUUUGAUACUCUUAAAUCUGAUGGUAGCAAUGUUGAGAGAUCUGGGGCAGCUCAGGGGUUGAGUGAGGUGUUGGCUGCACUUGGUGUAGAUUACUUUGAGCACACACUUCCAGAUAUAGUUCGAAACUGUUCUCACCAGAGGGCAUCUGUGCGUGAUGGAUAUCUGACACUUUUCAAGUAUUUACCAAGGUCAUUGGGGGUUCAAUUCCAGAACUAUUUGCAGCAAGUAUUACCUGCCAUCAUAGAUGGUCUCGCUGACGAGAAUGAAUCUGUACGUGAAGCAGCAUUAGGUGCUGGCCAUGUCCUAGUGGAGCACUAUGCAACAACAUCCUUACCUCUUCUUCUUCCGGCUGUUGAGGAUGGUAUUAUCAAUGACAAUUGGCGUAUCAGACAAAGCUCUGUCGAGCUGUUGGGUGAUCUCUUGUUCAAGGUUGCUGGAACUUCUGGGAAAUCUUUGCUGGAGGGAGGCAGUGACGAUGAAGGUGCCAGUACUGAAGCGCAAGGGCGUGCCAUUAUUGAGGUUUUGGGUAGAGAUAAGCGUAAUGAAGUUCUGGCUGCAUUGUACAUGGUCCGGUCAGAUAUCAGUUUAUCUGUCCGUCAGGCUGCCCUGCACGUAUGGAAAACUAUUGUGGCAAAUACUCCCAAAACUCUGAAGGAAAUAAUGCCAGUAUUAAUGAAUACUCUAAUAGCUUCACUUGCAUCAUCGUCAUCAGAAAGGCGGCAGGUUGCUGGACGUUCGUUGGGUGAACUUGUUCGGAAGCUUGGUGAAAGAGUACUUCCUUUGAUUAUCCCAAUCUUGUCGCGGGGGCUGAAGGAUCCUGAUUCCGGCAGAAGACAAGGUGUAUGCAUUGGUCUAAGUGAAGUGAUGGGAAGUGCAGGGAGGAGUCAGUUAUUGAGUUUCAUGGAUGAUCUUAUCCCAACCAUAAGGGUUGCCCUUUGUGACAGCGCACUAGAGGUUCGCGAGUCUGCUGGCCAAGCAUUUAGUACCCUGUACAAGAGUGCUGGAAUGCAAGCAAUCGAUGAGAUAGUCCCUACUCUGCUCCAUGCCCUAGAAGACGAUGAAACUUCUGACACUGCUCUGGAUGGCCUGAAACAAAUCUUAAGUGUUAGGACAGCGGCUGUGCUACCUCACAUUUUGCCUAAGCUGAUCCAUCCUCCUCUAACAGCCUUCAAUGCGCAUGCCUUAGGAGCCUUAGCAGAGGUUGCUGGACCAGGUCUUAAUGUUCAUCUUGGAACUGUACUUCCUCCUUUACUCUCAGGAAUGGGCGAUGAUAAUAAUGAGGAAGUUCAAAAUAUGGCUAAGGAAGCUGCGGAAACAGUGGCCUUGGUGAUAGAUGAAGAAGGUGUCGAGUUUUUACUGGGAGAGCUUCUUAAAGCUGUUGGAGAUAAUCAGGCUUCAAUCAGAAGAAGUUCAUCAUAUCUGAUUGGAUACUUGUUCAGAAAUAGCAAAUUGUACUUGGUUGAUGAAGCUCCAAACAUGAUAUCUACUCUCAUUGUUUUGCUAAGUGAUUCUGACGCUGCAACGGUUGAGGUUGCUUGGGGAGCUUUAUCGGCGGUUCUUGAUUCUGUUCCCAAGGAGCUACUUCCUUCAUAUAUGAAACCAGUACGGGAUGCCGUAUCAACGGCUAGAGAUAAAGAGCGCAGGAGAAAGAAGGGAGGAUCAGUUCUUAUUCCAGGCUUCUGUCUGCCUAAAGCACUCAGGCCAUUGCUUCCGAUAUUUCUCCAGGGUUUGACGAGUGGUUCUGCCGAGCUUAGAGAGCAAGCUGCACUUGGGCUUGGGGAGCUUAUUGAAGUGACUAGUGAACAGGUUUUGAAAGAGUUUGUCAUACAAAUCACUGGGCCUCUGAUCCGUAUCAUAGGGGACCGCUUCCCCUGGCAAGUGAAAAAUGCAAUUUUAUCUACGUUAAUUAUCCUGAUAAGAAAGGGUGGCAUAGCCCUGAAGCCUUUUCUUCCUCAACUUCAAACAACUUUUAUUAAGUGCCUACAGGACAGUACCAGAAUGGUUCGAACAAGUGCUGCCCUUGCACUUGGGAAACUUAGUGCGCUAAGUACUAGGGUUGAUCCUCUCGUGAACGACCUUUUAUCAAGUUUACAGGCAUCCGAUUCUGGUGUAAGGGAGGCAAUACUUGCAGCUCUAAAAGGUGUCCUAAAGCAUGCUGGUAAGGGUGUGAGUGGUGCUGUCAGAGUUCGUGUCUACAGUCAACUGCAGGAUUUGAUUAGUCACGAUGAAGACCAAACUCGAAUAUCUGCUGCCAGCAUGUUGGGUAUCACGUCACAAUACAUGGACGAUUCCCAGCUGGCCGACCUGUUUCAGCAGCUAGCGGACCUGCUGUUACCUUCUUCAAAUUGGGUAUCUAGGCAUGGAUCAAUACUAACUAUUGCAUCCAUGCUCAGUUACAACCCUUCGUCUGUUGUUAAUAGCCCAGAAUUCCCAUCCGUUUUAGACUUUCUGAAACGCUCGUUGAAGGAUGAAAAGUUUCCUCUUCGCAAAACUUCAACUAAGGCAGUAGGAAGGCUAUUGCUGCAUCAGAUUGGAAGUGAGCCUUCAAAAGCCUCCACAUAUGUUGAUUUGCUUUCAUGUCUAGUUGGAUCAUUGAACGAUGACUCGAGUGAAGUGAGGAAAAAGGCCUUAUCUUCUAUCAAAGCUGUUGCAAAGGCAAGUCCUUCCUUUGUGAUAGCCAAUAUUUCAUUGGUUGGUCCUGCACUUGCUGAAUGUCUGAAAGAUGGUAGCACGCCAGUGAGGCUUGCUGCAGAAAGAUGUAUCCUCCACACAUUCCAGUUGUCAAAAGGCGCAGAAAAUGUUCAGGUUGCUCAGAAAUUUAUCACUGGCUUGGAUGCUAGACGACUUGCGAAGUAUUCCGAACAGAGCGAUGCCAGCGACGACAGUGACGAUGAUUCCACAAGUCUCUGA